GGUUCCUCUCCUAUUCCUAGGUGUCCUACCGAAUGGUGUUCGUUCCAAUUCUAUAGAGUAGAUAGACUUUUCCCCCAUUUGGUUUUUGCACCAUAGUCUUGCCUGCGACACUCAAAGAGUAUAACACACAUUUACAGUGUUGUGGUUACUUCGUUGUCAUCCAUUAACGUUUUCAGCCUCUUUCUUUUCUCUCUUUUCCUUCUCUAUCUUUGAGAUCGUUUUUUGUUUUUCGAUUUCUCGAUUUCUUCUUGUUUCUCAUCUCUUUCUAUUUACUUCCUUGGUGUCUGUUUAUCUCGAAACCAAUUCUUUGAUUGUUGUUUUGUAUCCAAUCAACUUUGAUACAACAGUGUAACUCUUUCCAUCAGUGAUUCUUUGUUUGUUUCUUUUUGGUGAUCGGUUUAAUUGUUAAAUUAAAUUUUGUGUGAUUCUCCAACGAACGGAUAAUUAAAGUACAACAAUGGAAGCCAUCAAGAAAAAGAUGCAGGCCAUGAGGGCCGAGAAAGAGCAGGCCGUUGAACGCGCUGAAGCAGCUGAGGCAUCUGCUCGUGAAGCCAACACUAAAGCAGAGAAAGCUGAAGAAGAAGUUCGAUCUCUGCAAAAGAAAAUUCAACAGGUUGAGAAUGAACUCGACGUAGUCCAAGAGCAACUUACCCAGGCCAAUGCCAAGCUUGAGGAAAAGGACAAAGCUUUACAAAACGCUGAAGGUGAGGUUGCUGCUCUUAACCGAAGGAUACAAUUGAUUGAAGAAGAUUUGGAAAGAUCAGAGGAACGUUUGAAAAUCGCAACUCAAAAGCUUGAAGAAGCUUCUCAAGCUGCUGAUGAAAGCGAGAGGAUGCGAAAAAUGUUGGAGCACAGAAGUGUAACCGAUGAAGAGCGAAUGGAUUCCCUCGAAAGUCAACUCAAGGAGGCUCGAAUGAUGGCAGAAGAUGCUGAUAGAAAAUAUGAUGAGGUUGCUCGUAAACUAGCAAUGGUUGAAGCUGAUCUUGAAAGAGCUGAACAGAGAGCCGAAGAAGGAGAAUCAAAAAUUGUAGAGUUGGAAGAAGAACUAAGAGUCGUUGGUAACAAUCUAAAAUCAUUAGAAGUUUCAGAGGAAAAGGCCAUGCAAAAGGAGGAAGAAUAUGAAUCACAAAUUCGUUCAAUGACACAAAAACUUCGUGAGGCUGAAGCUCGAGCUGAGUUUGCUGAACGAUCUGUACAAAAGUUACAGAAGGAAGUCGAUCGUCUCGAGGACGAGCUUAUCCACGAGAAGGAAAGAUACAAAGCAAUUUCCGACGAUUUGGAUAACACUUUCUUCGAGCUUACUGGUUAUUAAAAAAAACAAUAUUCACUGGAUAAUACACAUUGUGUUUCCUCUUUUCAACAAUGACGACAUAAAGACACUCAAACAUCACAUCUAAAAAAAUAUGAGAACAUCUAAGUUUCAAUCGAUCUGCUAAAAUCAAAUGUGAAUCCAAAAAUAUAAACAAGCAAAAGGAGAUCAAGACCAUCAACAUUAUGAGAAAGAUUUUUUUAAAGAAAAGAUGGUUCUGUGAUUAACUUAAUUUUAUCAUCUCUUAUUGUAUUGUUAUUACUAUUAUUACAUUGAGAAGAGCCUAACCACCGAAAAAAUGGAUUAAUAUGUUGACAAAACCAGCCAAUUGACGAAUAUCUUUAAGGCUAUUCAGACACCAAAAUCAGUCUACAUCUAAAAGCUUCUUCCUCUUUUCUCUCUUCUCUCCUUUCUCUCUUUUUCUCCUCACUUUCAAAAGAUUGUAUCAAUAAAUCGGCACAUUUCUCUCUA